GCGAGAGCGGAGCAGCGGGGCCGCCAUGGGUGACGCGUUCGGCGGGGCGGAGUCGGGCACGCAGCUACUUGCACGACUGGAGGGCAGAAGUUCUCUAAAGAAUCUUGAACCUUAUCUGUUUGCUGAGGAAGGAUCUCCUGUUCAUGGAGACGUUGUUGAAUUCCAUGGCCCAGAAGGAACAGGAAAAACAGAAAUGCUUUAUCACCUAAUAGCUCGCUGCAUCGUUCCCAAAACAGAAGGAGGACUGGAAGUAGAAGUCAUGUUUGUUGACACAGAUUACCAUUUCGAUAUGCUCCGUCUGGUCACCAUUCUUGAGAACAGACUGGCACAAGGGACGGAAGAAAUGAUAAAGCAAUGCCUGGGAAGGCUUUUCCUUGUGAGCUGCAAUAGUAGCACUCAGUUACUCCUCACUCUCUACUCUCUAGAAAACCUGUUCUGUGCUCACCCCUCACUCUGUGUCUUGCUUUUAGACAGUUUAUCAGCUUUCUAUUGGAUAGACAGAAGCAAUGGAGGGGAGAGUCUCACCUUGCAGGAGAUGAACCUGAAGAAAUGUGCUAACUUCCUUGAAAAGCUUGUGACACAGCACCACUUGAUCCUCUUUGCAACAACACAGACACUAAUGCAGAAAUCAGCAAACUCUGCAGAAAGCUUUUUCCCUUUAAAACUUCCACAUGAAACUGAUACAGACUACAGACCGUAUCUCUGUAAAUCAUGGCAGCAAAUGGUAACCCACAGGAUAUUUUUCUCUAAGCAGUGUAAUUCUGGCAACAGCACAGGCUUUACAGUAAUUUCUUGCCACCUCAAAAGAAACCAGAUAGUAAAACGUUCAUUUAGUGUUGCAGAAUGUGGAGUUCAGUUUUAACAUCAGUUUAUUUUGUAAUUGUUUAUGAAAUCCUGGUGCUUGAGGCCUGUUUAGGUCUAAGUAGCUUUUAGUAACUUUCCAACUAGCUGGUUGUUUCUGGGUGAUUAAGAAUUKUUGUCAACAUUUUCUUAAAAUGUAGUGAAGAGCAGGGAAUGAUAAAAUUUUUUUAUUACUUCAGGAGUUCAGUCCAAACUAUAGAGGAAUGUUGGCAUUACUUGUUUGUGCUUCAUCAAGAAAAUGUAACCAAGACACACUAAACUCCUGGUAUCCUUCAGCAAUCUAACUAUGUGGCCAAAUGCCUGCUGGAAUUUCUUGCUGCUUUACACUCCUUCUCUUCCAAGCUCCAGAAGUAGGAGCCUGGUUGUCUGUGGCAGAGGUUGCAAAGAGGCCAUAGUUCACUCUUUAUAAACAUUGGUCUUGGUUUAUUCCCUGUAGCCUUGGGCAUAAGAAAUGCAUUCACAAUUUUGCCUGGACAAGGAGAUUAAUUUUCCCAGCCUAUUAAAUAGUGGCGAUMCUGUGCUUUGCCAGCUCUCAGCCUCUCCAUUUACGUUUGCAAGUGCUCAGAGGAGCAGGGAUUGUAGGUGUUCUGACCCUUACAAACAUCUGGCUUAGAAGAAUCUUCAGCUAUUAAAGAUAUGGAGACCUUAUUUCCAUAACUGAAAGAAAAGUAAAGACCCAGCUCUGGGUACCUGUGAGUUUGUGCUGCAUGCAGCAAAGAGCUUAGUUUUUGAAAAGACUUAAGUGCAAAUUAUGGGUUGUUUUGGAGUGGGGGUUGUAUUUUUGUUGUUUGGGUUUUUUUUUAAAUGAUGCCCAGACUUUUUUUCUCCGCCCUUCCUCAUUGUUCCUUCCCAAUUCUUUCCCUUCCCCACUCUCUCUAAGAAAUCCAGGAAUGCCGUGCCUCUGGUCUUUACCAAUAUGUAUUUGCCACAUGUAGAACAUUUGUGUGCAGGAUUUGGCAUGCAACAUGUUGCAAUUCUGGCAAAGAAGAUUGAGAACUUAUGAGAAAUGCCCUACAGUUCUGGCAAAGAGCACCAUAUUAUUUAUGAACCUAGAGUGCCCUUUGAAAGCUUCAAAGUGUUUUACAAGAAAGAAAAUAGCACACAGUACAUUAUUUAAUACCAAAAAAUUACAUUAGCUUACAAAUUCAAAUUACUCAAACAAGGGGAAAUAUUUCUCACAGCGAUGUUUGUUCAGUCAUGUUACACAGCACGUUUUAUAGUUUAGAUGAAGAGAUUAUUAACAAAAAUGCAUAUUAAGAAGAAGUAUCUAGCUCAGUAUCUUUUUGAGGAAGAUGCCUAAAAAACUCGGUUGUGAGACACCUUUGAAUUUCCUGACUUCUGAAGCAGCUUUUUGGAACUGAAUAUACGUCUGGAAUCCCAGCUGUGUAUAGUUCAGUUACCCCCUUGGGUUCCACCGUGUCUGUUCACAMUGAGUUCAGUUUAAUUAUUCUUUCUAUGGGAAAACAUCCUUUUUUUUUAUUCUCAUUUUAAACUUUCCAUCUGAACACUUCUUCAUGCCAGUCAAUUCUUUCACUGUGGCACAUGAGUGAACUUUGCCUUUUCAAUGUCUCCCCAGAGCUGAUGAUCUUAGAGAAUGUCACUUUGUUUGUGCUUUCUCAUUCAAUAUGUACUUUAUUUCAGAACUUGCAUAAAUAAACAAAUCCAUGAAAAAAUAUGUAACAACCAUUCAGCCUAGAGUGGACCCGUUAGAUGGUUUACCAUCAGUAGACAGUUCUACUAUGAGUUAUGAUAAAAGGCAUUCUUGAUUUUUUUUGUAAAGAGGAAUGGGAAAAUUCAAGUAGAACUAGAAAAGUUUAAAUUCUGAAAAAUCUAGGGCUAUGUAAUUUCUACUAGGAAAAAAAAAAAAGCCCCCCUUUCCAUUGGAGAAUAUAGCUUGAUGAUUAAGUUCUUCAUAAAAUCAUACUUGCUAAAGAAUAUGCUUGAGAAAAAAAAAAAACAAUGGAUAUGUUCUGGGAUUACUGUCUGGAAAAAAAGCUUUUUUAUUAUUCACAAUGUAGUUUGUAUUUUGCAUUGUACUAUAAAAGAAAUGCCAAAAUUGAAAUGAAGCCAAAGCUCUAGUUGAUCAAAAAGAGCACCUCAGGAAAYUUUGAAAUUUCUCAGUUUUAUUUUUACUUUGAAUACAGACAGAUUUUUUUAAUUCUCUGGUAAUUGUAAUAUUCAUGCUCUGCAUGUUUGUUUUAGCUGUAUAGCAAGCCUGGAUUUCCAAGAUGCUGAGCAUCUGCAUAUCCCUGUAAUACUGCAGGAAGGAUAGGCAGUACAUAAUCUGUGAGUGCACUGACCUCAUACUCUGACAAAAUUAUGCCAUUUGGAAAAAUGGACCUUCAGGAUACAAGUCUAA